CAGAAAGCCCCAGCCAAUUGGUCCCAGCAACUCAACUAGCUGCCUGCCUCCAGUGGCUUAUGGAGCACUGUCCUGUCCAGCUCUGCUAAGAUGCUCCUGGCCUCUCCCUCUACCCCAUCCAGGGGACGGACCCCCAGCGCCGUGGAGAGACUGGAGGCCGACAAAGCCAAGUAUGUCAAGACCCAUCAGGUGAUAGCUCGACGCCAGGAGCCAGCUCUGGGCGGAGGUCCAUGGCCGCUCACGCCACACCCCUGCAAUGAGCUGGGGUCCCCUGCAUCGCCCAGGACGCCUAGGGCCGCCCGCCGGGGUAGCGGCAGGCGGCUGCCAAGACCAGAUUCCCUCAUCUUCUACCGCCAGAAGCGGGACUGCAAGGCUUCAGUGAACAAAGAGAACGCCAAGGGCCAGGGCCUGAUGAGGCGCCUCUUCCUGGGCACCCCUCGAGAUGCCGCCUCGAGCAGCCCGGGCCCAACAGAGCGACCCACGGCUCCUGGAGGGUGGGCUGCGCCGCAAGAUGCCCCAGAAGCGGCGGGAAAGCAGGCGCUGUGUCCCACAUGCUCGCUGCCCCUGUCGGAGAAAGAGCGCUUCUUCAACUACUGCGGCCUGGAGCGUGCGCUUGUGGAGGUGCUGGGCGCCGAGCGCUUCUCUCCGCAGAGCUGGGGCGCCGACGCCAGCCCCCAGCCCGGAACGUCGCCGCCGCUGCCGGGCUCUGGAGACUCCAGCGACUGGACGUCCAGCGACGGCCGUGCGGAUCGCUCUGACCGUGCGGACGGUGGCGGAGGGGGCUCGGAGGCAGCGGGCUCGGCGCGGGACGGGCGCCCCCCGGUGUCGGUGGUGGAGCGCAACGCGCGCGUCAUCCAGUGGUUGUACGGCUGCCAGCGCGCCCGCGGCCCGCCGCGCGAGUCCGAGGUGUGA